AUGAAUACAUCCGCACCUCACGACGAUGAAGCCAUCACCACGUACAGCAUGCACGUCUCCGCCAAAUACCUUGAGCUCACCAAGAAGAAGUUAGAGUUGACACGUCUACCGCGUGAACUAGAAUUACCAGAUGAGAGGAUAUGGGAGCAAGGUACACCGAAGAGUGUACUUGAGCCGCUCUUGGACUUUUGGCUCGAAGGUUACGACUGGCGCGCCGCCGAAUCGCGCUUCAACUCGACUCUCCCUCAAUACCGCACAACCAUCACCAUACCCUCGUCCAUCACCUUCCCUGAUGCCACACAAUCGCUACGUAUACACUUUGUACACAAGCGAUCUAAACACCCCAACGCCAUCCCAUUGCUUCUCUGUCACACAUGGCCGUCGUCGUUCAUCGAGGUCCAACGCGUCAUCGAUGGGCUGACGGAUCCACACUCUCUGCCUGGCCAUGCGAACAGUGCACAGCAGGCUUUCCAUGUUGUGGCGCCGAGUAUACCAGGGUUUGGGUUUAGUGAUGCGAGUAUGAAAGAAGGGUUUGGUUUGCACGGGACAGCGGAUGUAUUCCAGAGGUUGAUGGGGAGGUUAGGAUACACACAGUUCGUCGCUCAUGGAACGGGAUGGUAA